AUAUCAAUAAACCUUAAGUAAAUUAGUAUUAUUAAAAAGUAAUAAACCACCAAAUCCCAUUCUUGAAAACUAAUUACAAAAAAGCAAAGCUGAAAGAAAAGUUUCAGAUCUACUGCUAUGUUUUGUACUUUAUUCAAGAAACAAAAGAUUCCUAAUCUUUUAUAUGUAAAGCAGACAAGCAACACUUAUCACUAGUAUUAAACUAAUCUCCACUACCAUUAAAGAACUAAACAGUCUGCACCAUCAUUAAACUAAUCCCAGUUUAAUAGUAGAAUAUACCUGAUUAAGUACUCUGCUAAUCUUCACUGUAGACUAAACACUCUUUCCACUUUUGAAAACCCUAACUCACAAGCCCCAACCAAACAUGGCAGCUCAUACCCUAACCCCAGUACACCACCCCCUCCAUUCCCUCACUCAAACCUUCAAAUCCAAAACCUUUAAACCUCAAACAGUAAAAUGCAGAUCCGCCACCACCACCAUCACUUCCAAUUUGAGAGCUGCGGUUAUUGGCGGCGGCCCAGCGGGAUCCUCCGCCGCAGAAGCUCUGGCCACCGGCGGCAUCGAAACAUACAUAUUCGAACGCAGCCCCCAAGCAGCUAAGCCCUGUGGCGGAGCAAUCCCUCUGUGCAUGCUCGAUGAAUUUUCGAUCCCUUCUCACCUUAUAGACCGCAAAGUCACCCAAAUGAAGAUUAUCUCACCGUCGAAUCUCACGGUCGAUUUCGGAAAAACGCUCAGACCGAACGAGUUCAUCUCUAUGGUACGCCGCGAAGUACUGGAUAAUUUCCUCCGGCUUCGAGCCGAGGAAAGGGGAGCUACCCUCAUCAAAGCCCUUGUGACAAAUAUAGAACUUCCCCUUUCAGAGAAAUCGCCCUACAUAAUCCACUACAUCUCUAACAAUACCCAAAAUACCCUCGCCGUGGAUGUUAUAAUCGGAGCUGACGGGGCCAACAGCAAGGUGGCGAAAUCGAUAAAAGCUGGUGACUACACCUGCGCCAUUGCGUUUCAAGAAAGGAUCAAACUGCCGGAGGACAAAAUGAAAUACUACGAAAAUCUAGCGGAGAUGUACGUGGGGGAUGACGCCUCGCCGGAUUUCUACGGGUGGGUUUUCCCCAAAUGCGACCACGUGGCAGUCGGAACGGGCACGGUUUGCUCGAAGCAAAACAUCAAACAGUUUCAAGGCGCAAUCAGAAACCGGGUCAAAUCCAAAAUCGAAGGGGGGAAAAUAAUCAAAGUCGAAGCCCACCCGAUUCCAGAGCACCCACGGCCAAUUAGGGUUCGGGGGCGGGUGGCUUUAGUCGGAGACGCCGCCGGAUACGUCACCAAAUGCUCCGGCGAAGGAAUAUACUUCGCGGCGAAGAGCGGGAGGAUGUGCGGAGAAGGGAUCGUUAGGGCGUCGGAGAACGGGAGGAAGAUGAUCGGAGAGGGGGAUUUGAGGAGGGAGUACCUGAGGAAGUGGGAUGACGAGUACUUCUGCACGUUCAAGUUCUUGGAUGUUCUGCAGAAGGUGUUCUACGGGAGCAACGCCGGGAGGGAGGCGCUGGUGGAGCUCUGCGGGAAGGAGUACGUGCAGAGGAUGACGUUUGACAGCUAUUUGUACAAGAGAUUGGCGAAGAGGAAUCCACUGGAAGAUGCGAAAAUGGCGGUCGACACCAUCGGAAGCUUGAUUAGGAGCGGCGUUGUUGGGAGGGAGGUGAUGGAUGCUGCCGGAUUUUGAAAAAUGUAGUUUUUAUUUAAACAAAAAAUAAUUAAUAAUUAAUAAAUAAAUAAAUUGUAGCUUUUAAAUGAAUUACUUAUGUUUGUGUGAUUUCUAU